AUGCAUUUUGUCUUUGUUAGGAAAUGGUCCGAGAGUAUUGAUUCAUACUUCUCGUGUGUAAUUAUUUAUUCAUAUAAUAUUAACACAUUUGUACCUCAUGCUUAAUGUCAUAUUGUCCCUGAGGUUUCAUGGUGGCUGAGGCAACCGGAAGGGCCAUAUGCGGCGGCGCUCGUUUAUCAUCCCAUGUUAUUUGACUUGUUCAAAUCAUGGUUGUCAGAUUCUGUUAUCAGAAACCUUGUAUGUUUUUCGCUGGUUUGAGCCUCGUUAUCCAUGGUUCUGAAAAUAAACAUAUAUUAUGCAAAGCGAGAUAUAUUUUCAGGAUUCAAAUUUGAAUAGUUUUGGAGUAAUUGAAUUGUAAAAUUUUUCCUUUUUCUUUUUUUCUUUAAAGUGCCAUAACAUAAGCUUUAUCAUUUUCAAGAAUUACCGAUUCCGUGAUGCUGCAAAUGCAAGUUUUAUAAUUCUGAAGUUUGGACUCUGCACUCUGCACAACGUAAUGUUGAUUUUUCUUUGUCCGCAAUUAUUAUCAUUAUUUUAUUUUUAUUUCACUCGAGUCAUCUAGAAUUUAUGUAUCUAAAUAAGCAUCAAAUUAGAGCAUACACAUAUAAAAGGGGAAAGAAAAAAAUAGUAUAUGUUUUGGAUUUUGCAGACCAAUUUUUGAGAGAUUACAAAAAACAAGCAAAAAGAAAAGAAAAAAAAAGGCUAAGAAUGCAUCAAAAGGUGCAAGGUUCUUGCUGGUAUAAGCCAAUUCAUGUCUGUAAAUAUAUACUCUAAAGCAAAUGUAAAUCAUUACAUUGAAAUGAACAAAUAAACAGCUAGUAAAAAGUGUCCAAAGGCAGGCUGGUGAUAGCUAAUAUACUUUCCGUUCUCUUAGCUAGCAAUAUCCUCAGGUUUCUUUCUUUUUAAGCUUUUAAACAGUAAGUUAUCUUGGCUCAAGAACAGCUCAUGCAUGUUCUCAAUUUAUUUAUUUCUCAGCUUCUGCUACAAAUCCAAGAAAAGCAAAAAAGAAAAGUGGAGGAGAUUGUUAAGAUUUUCAACUAUACUAUACAACUGCUAUAUAGCUAUAGAGUACUGUUUUAAAAAAGCAAGAAAAGCAUAAAAAGAUAUAUUUGUCUCUCCUCCAUAGAGAGAAGAGAACAAAGAUAUGGCUUUGGCAUUGGAGAACCAAUAAAGAAAGAAAGAAAGAAAGAAAGAAAGAAAGGAAAAGGUUAAUGAAAAAAAAAUAAAGCAAGUAAAGAAAGAAGGAAAUGGUGGUGUGGGUGUGGAAUCUUUUUCUUCAUCUUUCACUGUACAGGUGAUCCCACCUCGCCACCUCUGACUCAGAUAAGAGAGAAAGUGAAGUUCCAUUAAUAGAUGAGACCAGAGAGAGCAGCAGACAGAGGUCUUUGAACAUGGAUAUACACUCUCAUCACCACCACUAUCAUCCUCAUCAUGCAGUUGAAUUCGAUGUCGAGUUCUGGCCAGUUGAACACCCAAUGGAGCCACAGGACGAAGAUCGCCCUGUCAAAUGUCCAAUACCAACCUCUUCUGUUAUCAAUGAUGGAAGGGUGCGCGAGGAAAAAUAUACUGAAAGCUUAAGGAAGAGAGCAGAGCUACCAACAAUAGUGAACGAAGAAGGCAUUGUGAUUGUGGCUACAGGGCCUCCUCCAUUUCAAGCGGUGCGUAAAAGGCACCAUACUCUUACUCAUGGCGAUCAUAUUAUAACACCUUUGACAAGAAUGCCUUCCCUUCCUCCUCUACCAAGCCAGAAUGUCACUAUCUUCCAUAUGCUUCAACAGUUAGAUGAGUUUGAGUGCUAGCAAGGUAUAUAUAUAUAUAUAUAUUUAUAUAAUAUUUAAGAUAAACUGAAAUAAAAUAUUGAAUUCCAUGCAUAUUUCUCAUCUAUCUUACUUUAUGCUAUUCUCACUCCAUUUAGGAGUGAUGAGAAAGUUUUCUUGAUCAAAGUUAUGUAGCUUCAAUAGAGAAACAAAAAUCUUAAAGGUAGCAGGACUUCCAUAUUGUACUAGCAUUUUGCUUUUGGAAUAUGUUUAUGUAUAAAAUCAGCCAAUCUAGUUAUAGCUAUCUUUCUUUUCA